UUCACUGAGCAAACAUGGCCAAGUUAACUUUAUAUGGAGUGGAUCCCAGUCCGCCAGUUCGUGCCGUAAAACUAACUCUAGCAGCCCUCGGAAUACCCUAUGAAUUUGUGAACGUCAACCUCUCGGGUCAGGAACAGCUCUCCCCUGAGUAUCUAAAGAAGAAUCCUCAACACACGGUGCCCACAUUGGAAGAUGAUGGUCACUUCAUCUGGGAUUCCCAUGCAAUCAUUGCUUACCUGGUCUCUAAAUACGCUGAUACCGAUGCACUGUAUCCCAAGGAUCUUCUCCAGCGAGCUGUGGUAGAUCAGCGCUUGCAUUUCGAGACUGGAGUGGUCUUUGCCAAUGGACUUAGGAGCAUCACUAAGCCACUCUUCUUCUCUGGCCAGAAAACUAUACCCAAGGAACGCUACGAGGCCAUUGUCGAAGUCUACAACUUUGUGGAGACCUUCCUCACGGGUCAGGAUUACAUUGCUGGUGGUCAGCUGACCAUUGCUGAUUUUAGCCUCGUUUCUUCAAUCACCUCACUGGUUGCCUUCGUGGAAAUCGAUCAGGUUAAAUAUCCAAAAAUCAGUGAAUGGAUUAAGAAAUUGGAACAGCUUCCGUACUACGAGGAGGCCAAUGCCAAGGGCGCUCGGGCAUUUAUAGAACUUAUAAAGUCUACAAAUUUCUCCUUUGCAACCUAAGAUUUUGAUAUGUAAAUAAAUUCUUCCAAAAUUCUAAAAACUUAUUGAUUUUGUAAAGAUAUAAAUAAUUUAGAAUA